AUGGGGGGCCCUGGUUUCUUGUUUGCUUGUGCUUUGCUUCUUCUGCUUGCUUCAACAGCUUCAGCUGCAACAAUAGUGGAGCACACAUUCUAUGUGCAAAAUUUAACUGUUAGUAAGCUAUGCAACAGCCAAGUGAUAACUGCAGUAAAUGGCAGCCUCCCUGGCCCAACAAUUGACAUUCAAGAGGGUGACACACUAAUUGUUCAUGUGUUUAACAAGUCACCUUACAACUUGACUAUUCACUGGCAUGGAGUGUUUCAGAAACUGAGUGGCUGGGCAGAUGGACCUAACAUGGUCACUCAAUGUCCAAUUUGCCCCGGAAGUCAAUACACCUACAAAUUCACAAUCAUUGAGCAGGAGGGAACCCUCUGGUGGCAUGCUCAUGUGUCAUGGCUCCGUGCAACCAUCUACGGUGCACUAAUCAUUCGCCCCAGAGCCGGCCAGUCCUACCCAUUCCCUAAGCCCUACGAGGAAAUUCUGAUCAUAUUAGGUGAGUGGUGGAAUGCUAAUGUCGUUGAUGUGCAGAACCAGGCACUUGCCACUGGCGUUCUUCCUAACAUUUCUGAUGCUUAUACGAUAAAUGGAUGUCCUGGUGAUCUCUACCCAUGCUCUAAAAACCAAAUGUACAAGCUUAAGGUGGAGCCAGGAAAGACCUAUCUCUUACGCAUUAUCAACGCUGCACUCAAUAACCAGCUCUUCUACAAGAUAGCGAAUCACAAGAUGACAGUUGUGGCCACUGACGCCUGCUACACCAAGCCUUAUGUCACUGAUGUCGUGGUUAUGUCCCCUGGCCAGACAGUCGACAUUUUGCUAACCGCCGAUCAGCAGGUUGGGUCGUAUUACAUGGCCGCUAGAGCAUAUGCAAGUGUAGCUGGAGCUGUUAUACCGUUUGAUAGUACUACAACAAGGGGUGUCGUCGUAUAUGAAGGUGCUCCGUCUUCAGCAACACCGGUAAUGCCAGCCCUCCCUGCAUUCAACGACACCCCGACGGCCCACAAGUUUUUCACCAACAUUACAGGGUUGGUUGGUGGGCCUCACUGGAUCCCGGUCCCACUUAUGGUGGACCUCCAAAUGUUCAUCACCAUUGGAUUGGGGCUCGAGGUAUGUCCAGCAAACACGACUUGCGAGGGUCCAAUUGGGACGAAACUCUCUGCCAGCAUGAACAACGAGUCCUUCGUGUUUCCCAUCAGCUUGUCUAUGUUGCAAGCCUUUUACUUCAACGUCGGAGGAGUUUACACCACUGAUUUCCCUGCUAAACCCCCAAUUCAGUUUGACUACACCAACGCAAGCUUUAACAUCAAUAACCCAUCUCUGUUCUUCGCUCCGAAAGCAACCAAGGUCACCAAGCUUAAGUUUGACUCAACUGUGGAGUUAAUCUUUCAGAACACAGCUCUCCUUGCAGUGGAGAAUCAUCCCGUGCACCUCCAUGGCUUUGACUUUUACGUAUUGGCUCAAGGGUUUGGAAACUAUAACCCCGCCACGGAUAGAAAGAAGCUCAAUUUUAUCAACCCACAAAUUCGCAACACUAUUGGUGUGCCAGUAGGAGGAUGGGCUGUCAUCAGAUUCAGAGCAAAUAAUCCAGGUGUAUGGUUAAUGCAUUGCCACCUAGACAUGCACUUGUCAACGGGCCUGGCCACCGCCUUCGUGAUUGAGAACGGACCAACUCCGGAGACAACCUUGCCUCCACCCCCGGCCGAUCUACCACAAUGCUAG